CUCAGGUUGAUAAGAACCUGUGAACACACCUAUAGUUGUUGCGUUCUACAGUUACUGGAUUUAGAGCGAAUUUUGACGUGUUUUACUCGUUCCAUUGCAUAAAAACAAGUGAAAAGUGCAAUAAUGGCAAAGGAAAGGUCGUUGUGGUUCUACUUUGCAGUUAUUUUAGUAAUCCUGAGCACCCUCACACAUGAGACCGAAGCCAGGAGAAGGAUCCUCCGAGGGAGGAGGGUGAUGACGCGCACUUACUACCAUGGUAAUGCUGUUCCUGCUUGGGCCAUCAGUCUUAUGGCUGGCAUCGGAAUGCUACUCAUAGGCGGAGUGGUCUACAUCGUGAUGAGAAAGUUAGUCCUGUCUGCAGAAACCGGUUCGCUUAAUACAUACCAACCAGCAUUGCAAAACGAAGAUGUUUAACUUACCUAAUUACGAAAUCAAUUAUUUUAAGUUUCAUUGCCAUAUUUUUUAGAUAUCUGUCUGUUAUUUCCUCUAACAAUAAGUUAUUUUUCUAUUAAUCUGGAACUUUGUUUUAGAUUCGAUAAACAAUAAAAUAAAUUAAGACAU